CCGUCUGUCCGCCGCACCUGGGAGCAGCAGGACACACCUGAGAGUGGAGAAAGUCCCUUCGCCUCCGCCGUCUGCGCCCACGGUGGAAUUCCAGAGCCUCAGAUUCCAGAUAAAGAGUCGUGACGCGGAACUAUCAAUUAUUAACCAGUGACAUACUUCUGUCAUGCGGAGCUGAGGCGCACCGCAGUCGGUCCAGGCCGCGUCAACUUCGUAGCUCCUGACUUUUGCCUGGCUCGCGGGGUGGAUCUGUUCCUCCGGGACCAUGUUGGGCGCCGAGAGCAGGCUGGAGAGCCGCCUGGCCAAGCUGGACUCCCUGCUGAGGAACCCGCAGUCCGCCUUAAACUUGGAGACGCUGCUGGACUCGGUGAACGCUCUGGCCCACGAUCUGAACUACCCUGCGCUGAGGAAGAACAAAAACGUUGACACUUUUCUCAAGCGAUAUGAGAAGGCGGUGAGCCAGCUGAGAGAGCUGCAGGUGAAGCUGGAGGACUUCGACAAGGUCAAGCUGAUCGGCAGAGGAGCGUAUGGAGAAGUUCAGCUGGUCCGUCACAAGGACUCGCAGAAGGUCUACGCCAUGAAGCAGCUCAGCAAGUACGAGAUGAUCAAGCGCUCCGACUCGGCUUUCUUCUGGGAGGAGAGGCACAUCAUGGCCUUCUCCAACAGUCCCUGGAUCGUACAGCUUUGCUCAGCGUUCCAAGAUGACCGCCACCUCUAUCUGGUGAUGGAGUUCAUGCCGGGGGGCGACGUGGUGACCCUCACCAUGAACUAUGACAUCCCUGAGAAGUGGGCUCGCUUCUACACCGCAGAGGUGGUUCUGGCGCUGGACGCCAUCCACUCCAUGGGCUUCAUCCACCGAGACGUCAAGCCCGACAACAUGCUGCUGGACCAGCACGGACACCUGAAGCUGGCCGACUUCGGCACCUGCAUGAAGAUGGACCCGAAGUCAGGCAUGGUGCACUGUGACACGGCAGUGGGAACGCCGGACUACAUCUCUCCAGAGGUGCUGCAGUCUCAGGGGGGUGACGGCUACUACGGGCGCGAGUGCGACUGGUGGUCGGUGGGGGUCUUUAUUUACGAGCUGCUGGUCGGUGAAACGCCGUUCUAUGCCGAAUCUUUGGUGGGAACUUAUGGGAAGAUCAUGAACCACAAGAACACGCUGGUCUUCCCCGAUGAUGUGGAGAUGUCCCGAGAUGCCAAGGACCUGAUCUGUGCUUUCCUUACCGACAGGGAAGUUCGUUUGGGUCGGACUGGAAUCGAGGAGAUCAAGCGUCAUCCAUUCUUCAAGAACGACCAGUGGACCUUCGACAACAUCAGAGACACCGUGGCUCCGGUCGUCCCAGAGCUGAACAGCGACAUCGACACCAGUAACUUCGACGACAUCGAGAAUGAGAAAGGCAACAUCGAGACCUUCCCUCCUCCGAAAGCCUUUGUGGGGAAUCAGCUUCCUUUUAUCGGCUUCACGUACUUCAAGGAUGACCAGCUGCUGAACGGAAGCAAAGGUUGCUCAGAAGAGGAUUCAGAAGAUCGAAAAAACAACUCUGAGGAAGAGAGCUGCUCCAAAGGCAAGCAGGAGCUUCAGAAACAGGUGGAUCAUUUGGAGGAACAGCUGGACCAUGAGAUGCAGGCCAAAGAUGAGCUGGAGCAGAAGUGCAAAAACGCCACCAACCGUUUAGAUAAGCUGGUCAAAGAGCUGGACAAGGAGAUGAACAGCAGACAACGGGUGGAGGCCUCCCUGAGGCAGAUGGAGAGGGAGCGUGCACUGUUGCAGCACCAGAGCACUGAGCACCAGCGCAAGGUGGAGUUGGAGAUGGACAGGAAGCGCAGCCUGGAAAACGAACUGAACAGCUUGAAAGAUCAACUGGAAGAUCUGAAGAGGAAAAACCAUAACUCCCAAAUAUCCAAUGAGAAGAACGUCCAACUUCAGAAACAACUGGACGAGGUGUCCACCGUGCUCCAGGCCGAGCAGGAGACGGCGGCGAGGUUCAAGAAGGUGCAAGCUGACCUCCAGAAACAAGUCCAGAACCUGGAGCUCAGCUUGAAGGAGAUGCAGGAGAAGUGCAGCCUGCUGGAGAACAGCAAGAUGGAGCUAGAGAAGCAGCUGAGGGCCAAGCAGGCUGACGUGGAGACCGAGAGGAGAGACAAGCACCUCGGCACGGAGAUCAUCUCUGAACUCCAAGGACACAUCUCUGGGCUUGAAGAAGAAAUGAAGGCAGUGAAGUCGUCUCUCUCUUCGGCGCAGAUGGAGAAGAAGCAGCUACAGGAGAAGCUGAAUGAUCUCAUCAAGGAGAAGAACAAUCAGGAGAUCGACCUGACCUUCAAGCUGAAGUCUCUCCAGCAGAGCCUGGAGCAGGAGGAGGCGGAACACAAGGCCACUAAAGCCAAGCUCGCUGACAAAAACAGCACCUACCAGUCCAUCGAGGAGGCCAAGUCUGAGGCUUUGAAAGAGAUGGAGUGUGUCCUGCAGGACGAGCGGAACCUGAAGCUGCAGGUGGAGGGGAAGCUGUUGCAGCUGGAGAAGGACCACUCCAUGCUGGACUGCGACUACAAGCAGGCUCAGCACAAGCUGAAGGAGCUGCAGGGCCAAAAAGACAAAGUGUCUGAAGAGGUGAAGAACCUCAGCCUGCGUCUGGAGCAGGAGUCCCACAAGCGGAGUCUGAGCCAGAGUGACCUGAAGAUGAAGAACCAGCAGCUGUCGGUGCUCUCCACCUCUGAGAAGCAACUUAAGCAGGAGCUGAACCUGCUGCUGGACACCAAGCAGGUUCUGGAGAAACAGAACCAGGAGCUGCGCAGGGAGAAGAAGGAGGCUGAUGACCAGAUCAGGGAAUUAAAGGACCUGCUGGAGGCAGAGCAGUAUUUCGUGACGCUGUACAAGACGAACAUCCGAGAGUUGACUGAAGAGCGUGAGGAGAAGAACAAGAAGUACAAAGAGGCACAGCGGCGUCUGGCGGAGUACCGGGAAGAGAGGGACUCUCUGGCAGAGCAGCUGGAGGAGAGUCUGACCAAGGCGGACUCGGUACAGUUGGCCCGCUCCAUCGCCGAGCAGCAGUACUCGGAUCUGGAGAAGGAGAAGAUCAUGAAAGAGCUGGAGAUCAAAGACAUGAUGGUCCGGCACAAACUGGAGCUGGGAGAUAAGGAGGCCACCAUCAGCUCGCUUGAAGAGUCCAAUCGCACUCUGACGGUCGAUGUAGCCAACUUGGCCAGUGAGAAAGAGGAACUCAACAACCAGCUGAAGGGGCUGCAGCAAGAGCUCCAGAAGUCCAGAGACGAGGAGGAGAAGAUGAACUCUCUCCGAAUCUCCUUUGAAAAGCAGGUGCACAACGAGCGGACGCUCAAAAUCCAGGCUGUCAACAAGCUGGCGGAGGUGAUGAACAGGAGGCCUAAGACGGUGAGGGGCGGCCACAGGGGGACUGACACGGAGGUGCACAGGAUCGAGAAGGACAACCGGAGGCUGCAGGAGGAGCUGAGGAAGGAGAGGGAGAAGCUGGACACCACCAUCAUCAAGUACCAGAAGGAGAUGAUGGACAUGCAAGCGCUCAUCGCGGAGGAGAACCAGGUCCGCCUGGAGCUGCAGAUGGCGCUGGACAGCAAAGACAGCGACAUCGAGCAGCUGCGCUGUCAGAUCACCUCCCUCAGCAUCCACUCGCUGGACUCCACCAGCAUCAGCAGCGGCAACGACCUGGACGUGAGCGAGGGCUACCCAGCAGAGGCCCGGCUGCAGGGGUGGAUCUCUCUUCCCACCAAGAACACCAAGCGCUUCGGCUGGGACAGAAAGUAUGUGGUGGUCAGCAGCAGGAAGAUCCUCUUCUACCACAGCGAGCAGGAUCGAGAGCAGGCCAACCCCUUCAUGACCUUGGACAUCGAUAAGUUGUUCCACGUCCGACCCGUCACUCAGACUGACGUGUACCGCGCCGACGCCCGAGAAAUCCCUCGCAUCUUCCAGAUCCUGUACGCCAACGAGGGCGAGAGCAAGCGCGACCAGGAGGUGGUGGUGGAGCCCACCCCGCACGGAGAGCGGCCCGCCUACAUCAGCCACAAGGGUCACGAGUUCAUCCUCACGCUCUAUCACUUCCCCUCCAGCUGCGAAGCCUGCACCCGUCCUCUGUGGCACGUCUUCAAACCGCCGCCGGCGCUCGAGUGCCGUCGCUGCCACACCAAGUGCCACAAAGAUCACCUGGAUCGGAAAGAAGAGGUCAUCGUGCCGUGCAGGGUGAACUACGACAUGUCCACCGCCAAGGAGCUGCUGCUGCUGACCAACAGUCGGGAGGAGCAGCAGCGUUGGGUCAGCCACCUCCUCAAACGAAUCCCUCGAAAGCACCCCACCAUGGGCAGCCCGCAGUCUGCGGCCCAUAGCCCUCCGCAGGAGUCAGCCAUGUCCUCGCCCAGGGCCUCCCCCAGACCCUCCCCCAAGGCCUCGCCGCGCCUGACCUCCCACCGUGGAGCCAUGAAGAUCAUCGCACCGACGGGCAAGCCAGGCAGUCGUCCCCUGCGCAUCAUCAUGCACUGACCUGUGACCUCUGACCUCACCAUUCUAACGUCUCUCUCUUGCUGGGAGGCUUUAACCCUGGCGGCGCCGACCCGAUCAAUACACACCGGUGGAUUCAUGGACCAGGAUCCAGUGCCUUGAUUUGUUCCUACGUGAGCUGGGAUGGACGCUCACUUGCGUCGUGUGUUUGUACAUAGAAGUGUUGUGAGACAGGUGCGCUGCACCAGUCUUCUCUUUAGGUCUAGUUUUAACCAAUGGUUUGUUGCCGAGGCGAGUUAAAUGUGAACAGACAACUCUGGAUGAUGACUCCAUUAAAUCUCUUCAUCUGAAGUGGUUGGCGUCUGAUUGUUCCUCACCACCCGGUUUCAGAUUUACUCCGUAUCUGAACUGACUGGGACCAGAGUGAAUGAGGGCACUUGUGUCUGAUUCAGUGCAGUCAUGGCUGCCAGAGAGGCUCGACCUGCCCAUGUGACACGGUCGAUUCAUCACCGCCUCAUCUUUUUAUUCAAUUUUCAACACAAAUUGACCUUCUUUUUUUGACCUUCUGCUUGAAUAAUGGUCCUCUUUUUAACAUGCUUGUGUCAGCAAUUUCAUUCAGCUGACAUAAACGUGACAAAUUACGAAGCUGGUCAAUAACAAAUAUGAAAAAGGUCUUUGUUAAUGGUCCUUAGAGGCCAGUAUCUCCCUUCAAUUUAUUUAAUUGUUUAUGUGAAAUAUAUGAAAUAUUUUUUUUGAUAUUUAUUUAAUACAUUUUAAAUUAUUAUAUAAAUCAUCUUGGACAGAAAUAAUAGUUAAAAUAAAAAAUAAAGAAGAUGAGCUAUUACUGUAACGAUUGAAUCAAAAGAAGGUUGGAUUAUUGGAUUAUGUUUUUAUUUAUUUAUUUUCUGUCAUGAAAUGGAUCAAUUCUUGAUGAUUUAUUGUUUAUUUUCCAUUAAUGAUUAUUUUCUUGUACAUUUAAUCAAAUUUCAGGAUCAAAAUUGAAGAUCAAUCCAAACAAUAAUAAUACUUCGAUGAGCUAUGAUAAUGAUAUGACAGAAAACAUUCAGCGUGAUUCAACAUUUUUGUUGCACAUAUUUUUCAAUGUAGGGUUGCUAUCCCUUCCGUCUAAAAUGUCAUUUUAGUAGACAAGAAUAGAGAGGUGACUCUAUGUGUACCAACAUAAACAAAGUGUUUACCUGUGACAUAUUUUUUACAUUUGUGUUGCAUCACGUUUGUUUUUAUGUUAUCAUUUUCUCGUUCAUUUCAGAUUAGCUUAAUUUCAUUUUAAUGUGGAUUCUAUAAGCUCUGUUGCAGUGAAGCUCGCACCACGGCAGUCAACACACCCAUUGUUUUUAAAAUCCAUUAUUAUUGAUUCAAAACUUCUCGCUCCACUGAUGAUUCACCAAAGCCUCUUUGCGUCCAAGAUUCCCAAAUUCCGAGUGAUGUAACGGCAUCAAAAGCAGCUGAUCCAUUAUGGAAGCAGAGUUCUGUGAGUUCUUUGACGGAGCAGUGAAGUAGUGGGGGUCCCGAGGAAAAGGGGGCUCUCGUGGGGACUGAAGUUUUACGCCCUCGUGUCCUGAAGCUUCCCGGAAGAUGAAUAAUGAAUGUGGCAGCAGCGUGAGCCUGUUAGCAGGAGUGAGUUCAGACAAAGACAAUUGCAAAAACUCCAAACAUUGAUGAGCAUUAUUCCUUAUUCUGGGUCCCCGGGAGUGGUGUGAGGGAGGAUCCAGUCCCGACCUUGGACACACGGUAGCAUGGCAAAUGUUGAUCUGCUUUCAAAGGGACCAACUUGAGACACGUGUGAACGGACCUGCUCAUCCUGACCGUCUUCCUUGUCCUCUGCAGACGCUCAGAUCCUGGUCCUCUCCCUGUCACUGGGCCUCCUUCCAGGAUCCUCCAUUUUAGCAUGUUGCCAUUUGUUAACUUCACUUCACUGACCCUCACUUCACACUUCACAUGAUUCAUCUUGCUAGUGAUGCUAAUUGCUAGCUUGCCACCCUUUUUCUCUUUCACACUGAAAAGUGACUGUUGACGUCAUCAAACAUUUGAAUUCAAAUGCCUGUUAAUUUCACUUAAAAAAUGUGAUGAAAUAAAAUUAUUAGCGCAGUCAGCGAAAAAUGUACAGCUGCUUUCGACUUGGAGUAAAAGCUAAUUUUGUUUUGUUUUUGUGUUUCCAUUUAUCUUUUCGUUCUGGUAGUAAAACAUGGUGGUCUUGUGAGAACCUUGUUGCCCAGUGUGUUUGAU